AUGGUAGAAGAUGCUGGUGAUAUUUUGAGGUGGAUUCAGGAACAUUUUGCCGAGGCAGUGACGGAACAGCUAGUGGCAACAUUGAGAAGGCUCUAUAAAAAUAAUAAAGAUAAUUUACCAGGAUUCAUCGAGGGCUGUAAUGCAUUUGGAAAAUUGCGAGGACAAGAUGAUUUCAUUCGUCGGCUUUUUGAGAGGCUAGCUGGUGCUGAAAAAGGAUCUUUAAGUGAGGAACAUGUGGUGAAAUCCGAGCCAGCGAGGAAGAAAAGGCUCGGUGAAAUGAGUUCUCGAGUUCCCUUAAACUACGACAGUGAUGACAACGACGACGAUACUGUUGAUAAUUACCCAAAGGAGACACCAGUAAAUGUCAAAUCCAAAUUUAGAAUGAAGGAAGUGAAGAACGAUGGAGAGAUGCCCAGGAUGAAAUUUAAGAAGAUAAAAAAAGAGGUUGCGAAUAAAUUGAAGGAGUACUCUUCAACUGAUGGAAGAUUGUCUAUUUCAAACGGCAAACCGUCCAACAGAUCCAACUCACCAUCUAUAGUUCACGCUCAAGUACCGGAGCUACAAUCUUUUUACAUGAGCAUUUCGCAAGAACCCGAGAAUAAUGACGAUGGCACUGUCGCGAACAGUAGCGAAUCCGACGUUCCAGAGGAAGAACAAUUAAGUGAAGAUCGCGGUUGGUACAAUUGUGAUGACGAUUAUGGGAACCCUGUCUUGGAUGAUUCAGUUAAAACAAAGGAAUUAGAUUUCACGCCAGCUAAUCAGACUUACAUGCGAAAUAAGGAAAAAGCUACUGAUGCAAAUGAUUCUUAUACAGAAAUUCAGGUGUAUGCGUUACCAAUGAGUAGGAGAAAAGAGCUUAUACCACGGUUUCUGCAGCAAUACAUCGAGACGCGUGGAAUCUCCAAUGCUACUUUGAUUGGUUCCUUUUUGCAAUCAUCACGGGAUGGUUUCACAAGUCCUUUCAAAAAUCCUGAUGGUGUUUUUGCAAUAAACGCAAGGAAAGGCAGCAAGCUCGUCGCGAUAAGAAGAUUAGCCAGGGAUCAAAGUAAAAGUUCCAGACAAACAGCCGAGGUUGCAGGUACCGCUGUCGGAAACGUGUUAGGAAUUAAGGAGGAUAAGACUGAAAAUCCAAUAGCAGUGGAAAUCGAUGCAAAAAGUGAUAAAAUUGAGUUAACAAGAGCCGAUAUCGAGCUGUCCAGAAGGAAGCUACCUUCGUAUGCAGCAAAAUCCGCAUUGCUACAGUUGAUUAGAGAUAACCAAAUAAUGGUGAUAAUUGGAGAGACAGGUUCCGGUAAAACGACACAGUUGGCUCAGUAUAUUUAUGAAGCUGGAAUUUGUGCAGGCGGUCAGCUGAUCGGAUGCACUCAACCUCGAAGAGUGGCGGCAAUAUCUGUUGCAAAACGAGUUGCAUUGGAAAUGGACGCGGAGUUGGGACAAGAAGUUGGAUAUGCUAUAAGGUUUGAAGAUGAAACAUCAGAAAAAACAAAGAUUAAAUUCAUGACUGAUGGUAUUCUACUCCGAGAAGCUCUUUUGGAUGAAACUCUGGAAAAAUAUGGUUGCAUUGUAAUAGAUGAAGCUCAUGAGCGCUCUUUGAACACAGACAUUGUAUUGGGAAUGCUGAAAAGACUGCUAUCGCGGAGAAGGGAUCUUAAAGUUAUCAUUACUUCGGCAACAAUGAAUGCAGCUAAGUUUUCAAAGUUUUUUGGCUCAGCACCUCUUUUUACUAUACCGGGAAGAACUUAUCCAAAAAAGUUGAUUUAUUCUAAAAGCCCUGUCGAGGACUACGUAGAAGCGGCUGUAAUGCAGACAGUUAGCAUUCAUGUGUCUACCGAGAUUGAUAGCGGAGAUAUUCUAAUCUUCAUGACAGGCCAAGAAGAUAUUGAAGCAACGUUUGAUGCUAUCAAGGAAAGACUAGCAGAAGUAUACUCCAGAAACUCUUCUAUCUCUACUUUCAACGAUAUAGAUAACGUCGAAAUAUUCACCAUAUACUCCGCUCUACCAGGAGAUAUUCAAAAUCGAAUAUUUGAGAGUUUGCCAAGCGGAAAGAGAAAAAUAGUUAUUGCCACUAAUAUUGCUGAAACGUCCCUUACAAUUGAUGGUAUUAGAUAUGUUAUUGACCCCGGAUAUGCUAAAAUGAAGAUUUAUAAUUCAAGGAUUGGUCUUGAUAGUUUAACAGUGUGUCCGAUCGCACGAGCAAACGCGGAUCAACGUUCUGGGAGGGCUAGCCGUACGUCGCCCGGUACAACCUAUAGACUAUAUCCGGAAAGUACUGUCGAAGAGGAUAUGUUUGCGCAAACCAUUCCAGAAAUUCAGCGGACAAACCUCUCAAACACGGUACUUCUACUUAAAACUUUGGGAAUCGACGAUAUAAUGGAGUUUCCGUUUAUAGAUGCACCUCCAUUGCAAACAUUUUUGUCAUCUCUUUACGAGCUGUUCUUUAUUGGCGCCUUAGAUGCCAGUGGAAAAUUGACAUCUUUAGGUGUUGCAAUGUCGAGAUUUCCGCUUCAACCAUCUUUGAGUAAAAUAUUGCUCAUUGCUUCCCAAAACGGCUGCAGUGAAGAGAUGCUUACCAUCGUUUCAAUGCUAUCAGUUCCCCAGGUUUUCUAUAGGCCAAAAGAGAGGAUGAGAGAGUCUGAUUUAUCUAGACGUCGAUUUUUUGUUGCUGAAUCAGACCAUCUUACACUCUUAAAUGUUUAUUCACAGUGGAAGUGUAACAAGUACUCACACAGAUGGUGUAACAAAUACUUUUUGCAUUAUAAAUCAUUGCAAAGAGCAAGAGAAAUUCGAGAACAGUUGAAGAAAAUCAUGGCCAAGAAUAGGAUCAAACUGGUAUCGGCAGGGCCAGAUUGGAGUAUCAUAAGAAAAUGUAUUUGCUCGGGAUUUGCUCAACAAUGUGCUAAGAGAUCUGGUUUGAGUAAAUAUGUUCACUUGAAGACGGGAAUGGAUAUACAGCUUCAUCCCACAAGUGCAUUAUACGGGAUGGGUGACCUUCCAUCAUACAUCAUAUACCAUGAGCUUUUAAUGACAAAGACAGAGUAUGCAUGUUGCGUAACUGCUGUGGAUCCUUUUUGGUUAAUGGAAUACGGAGCACUGCUCUACGAUAUUAAGAGAGUAGCUUAUGUCAACGACUCGCAGAGGAUCACUCAAGUAGAUGUUCAAUCUGGAAAUCUUCCGCAAAAGGAAGAUGAACUCGAGCACAGGCUGAAGAGAUGUAUUGCUGAAAAGACCCGUUUAAUUCAGACUUUGAAACUACAGCAAGACUCGAAAGAUAUCAUUCCCAAAAGCGAAAUUAGUACCUCAAAUAAAAAGAAGCAAAGACACACAGCACAUAUUGGAUUGAAGAGAAAACGGCCUUUUUGA